CCUAUAUAUCCGUCCAUUUCCGUCAUUUGUCCCUACUACAAGUGGCAAGAUCACGUGGAGCGCCUGGUAAACGUUUCGCUGGGCGGGAUGUGAAGGAGCGCCGGGCCGCCAGCAAGUGUCCCUCGGGAGCAGCGGUUCACCAUGUUGCCACUCUCUUUGUUGAAGACGGCUCAGAAUCAUCCCAUGCUGGUAGAAUUAAAGAAUGGUGAAACUUAUAAUGGAAAUUUGGUAUCAUGUGACAACUGGAUGAAUAUAAACCUUAAAGAUGUCAUCUGCACAUCAAGGGAUGGUGAUAAGUUCUGGAGAAUGCCAGAGUGCUAUAUCCGAGGUUCAACUAUCAAAUACCUGCGACUUCCUGAUGAAGUGAUUGAUUUGGUUAAAGAAGAGGUUUAG